AGCCAGGGCAAGUGCUUGAUACUGUACUAUACAGUCGUUCAUUCCCUUCUUUACUAGCCAGGGCGUGUGUUUGAUACUGUACUAUACAGUCGUUCAUUCCCUUCUUUACUAGCCAGGGCGUGUGUUUGAUACUGUACAAUACAUUCGUUCAUUCCUUUCUUUACCAGACAGGGUGUGUGUUUGAUACUGUACUAUACAGUCGUUCAUUCCCUUCUUUACUAGCCAGGGCGUGUAUUUAACACCAUAGAAUUGUUGUUUAAUGUUUUCCUUCUCUGUAGUAGAUAUUUUUUUAAUUUGAUUACGUGCGUAUGUUGAUCUUUGAUUAUUCUGCUUGAAAUUUCAGUUAAAGUUGGUCGCUACAAAUUCAAAAAGAUCUUAAUUUGAGUUUCGAAUAUUGGAUAGAACUUGGAUCUAUUGAGUGAUACCAUGACACAGCUGGACACCGCUUGUUACAGGGAAUAGCCACUGGGUUGAAAAUGGAUCUCUCUGACCUUGUGCCUAACAGAGAAUAGUUCCUCUUAGAAAGGGAAGAAAAAAAAAGCGCGCGUUUCUUUCCUCGUCUUAGCUGGUCAGACGUAAACUCUUGUUAGAGAGUAUGUUUACCUACAGUUGUCUACGUGAAUCUCGAUCUGAUGCAUGACAAUAGUCCAGGUGGUGCGCGUGAAAGCACUGGGAUGUAGAAGAUCGUGACCUACGUUAGAAGAGAGGCGCUCGUCUGAGUUCGAGGCUCUGUUUCAAUGUGCUACGUAUAUACUGCUGUCGCUAUCACAUGAUGCUUAGUCCUAACUUAUUAGGACUCUAACAACUUUCGUGACUCCGCAUAUUUCUGUCUUGUUGCUAACCUCGUUUUAUGCUUUCUUGUUCGUCCACCAUGUGCUGAUGACGACAGUCUGUCCUACUAAGCACUUUUCUCAAGCGUUUCUACAAUACUCGCUCGUGAUGUAGUGCUUCAGAACAUUAAAGUAGAAACAUGAGAGUGAAGUGGAACCGUAAUUUGGAUGGUUUCUCUCGAGUGGAUCCAAGAAACGGCUACACGACACUCCGAUCUUCGAGGCAGCGCCUCCCCAGCCCACUGAAUGACGACUAUAGAGGAAACAAUAGGUGUUUCUUACCUAAUUCCGGUCAAGAAAAGAAAGAUGGUCAACGAUGUGGUAUCUUACACAUUCUGAAAUGCAGAGAAUGUUGCGCAGAUCCGGUCGCUGAUCAAGGUACCAAACAGCCGUAUGACGUAAAUGAUAAUUCUUCUCACAGUUACACUCGUCUUUUCUACCAAGAGGUCUCCUUGCAGAACUGUAAAUCCGAUAGACAUGCUCAGAAGUGUCCUACUACGCUCUUAGAUAAUGAUGACCAGGACUCCAAACACGGUGGUGAGGCUUUAGAUAAUGAUGACCAGGACUCCAAACACGGUGGUGAGGUUGUGGAAGAAUAUGAAAACAAUUUCAAAGUAACCAAAGAAUUUAAAUCAAAAAGUUCGCGUAUUUCCUCUGACGUAGAACCAAUCCCCUCCAUAUCGUCCUUAGACCUUCCGAUUUUCUCUGGUGGUGUUCCAUCCGUUUCUAGUGUCGCAAGCAAUGGAACUUCAGCUCGUGUCUAUCUUCCUACAUUGAACGAUAACCCAAAACACUCUACCGACAAUUCUCCCCGUCCUCCUGACAAUCGAAAGUUACCUUCCCAAAAAACAAAACCAAGGUACCUCAAAAUAGAAGAUACCAUCGGUUUGGGACGUUUGUCUCCAUUAACAAAACAAGAAGCAGAAAUAAUCUCAGCCAGAAGGUCAGCCUUUAAGAAGAAAAAUCAAAGUUCCGAGGAUGUAUCGGAAGACAGAAGCUGCAAUGGCAAUAGUUAUGAUUGUCUCUCUUCAAAUCAACCAUUACACAGAAGCUGUAAUGAUAAUAGUUCUACUGUACUUCCUUUAGUUUUCUUCCAUGGAAGCAGCAGAAGUGUUAAAGAUAACAACCUCACUCCUCCUCCUGGCUACAAGAUCAUGAGAAUAAAGCCACACAUGUCUCCUACUCUUCCAGUGCAUCUGAAGAACCUAACCGAUUCCAGAGCUUCUGGAAACAUCCAUGGACCUCACGUUUUAUCUUCGUCAGAGAAAGAAGCCGUCCACGUUUUCCAAAAUGGUACUAAUAAUUGUUGUGAGGAGAACAACGACGAGUGUUCAAAGUCGUUCUGUAAAGUUGAAACGCAUCAGGGACAAACCGUUUUACAGAUGUCGUCAGAUCUAAAACCUACCUCCAACAGCCGUUACUUUGGAAAUGUUGAGUCGCCUUAUGAUACCAGAAAGGUGAAAGGUAGCCGAAGCUACCUGAUCCCCAGGGCCAACAAUGCUGAUGACCUCAAUUUACAUACUUUAUCUAGAUAUGGUCAGCUAUACGAAGAGCCUUUCCUCUGUCGACAAAGAUAUUUUACUGUCAGCAAGAUAGAAACGGUACAAGCUCCCUCUAAAAAAUCAAACCAAGGUCAGACUAAGGUCAGGUCUUCCCUGGCACCCUCUGUCACCGGGGAGAGGAGGAAGACACAAGGGGAGUAUCUGCUAGAAAUCCAGCGAUUGGGUGCUCUCUGCGAGACUCGAACCAAAGAACUGAACUGGCUGAAACUUCAACUGAAGCACACGACUUUAGGGUUUGAUUCGUUCACCGUGUUGAUCAAAUACCUCACAGACGAUGUAAGUUUGAUUUAUUUUAAACACUAA